AUGUGUAAAUGCUGUCGUUAUGCCAAAUGCCUGGCGGUAGGAAUGAGAAAAGAAGGAGUACAAAAAUUCCGCGAUGUAUAUGGAAAACGAGAAGCCAAGUCUGUAGAAUCAACUACUAAACCCCAAUUCCCAAUUCUGUAUGAGCUUUUGAAAAACUAUAAUUAUUUAGAGAGCAUAAGACAAGUGAUCCAUAGAGAUGAAUCCAAGAGUGUCUUCAUUAAAAAAGUGGCUCGUCCCCUAAACUAUAAAGAAUCAAUUAGUGUGUUUUUGAAAGAAUACAAUUUGGUGGAGGACUGGAUUCUCAACUCCUUCUCGAUAUUUUCAACGUUUCCCAAGGAUCAAAAGACAGUACUGCUUCAAAACUUUUAUCUCCAAUUCGUUCUGCUCGAAGGAGGACAUUUCGCAUGUGAGAACAAUAGAAGUGACAUUACAUAUUUGCCAUCUGGAGACUAUAUAGAUUGCUCUAACCCAGAAUCGUAUUAUCAUGAUCCAGAUGGACUGCAACCAAUUUCAGCAGAAGAUGCGUCAAAAAUGUUUUCUAGCUCAUUCGAUACGUAUCGUAGAAAUGUCACUCAUCCGAUGCAAAAGGAUCAUUUGGAUCGAUUUGAAUUUCUCGCACUUUCCGCAUUGACCCUUUUUGAUACUGGACUUGAAGGCCAAUCCGACUCAAGUAUUGAAAUAUGUCGGACAAUGAGAACAUCUAUUCAACGGGAACUUUUGGAUUACUGUAUGCUAAAAAGAUCAGAGCUGGAUUCGUCGAUUCGUCUGGGCAAUAUGCUCUCGAUUCUUCCGAAUUUACAACGAGCCGCCAGAAGAUUUCAUGAAGACAUGACACUGAGCAAUGUGAUGAAUGCAUAUUCGGUGGAUCAGAAGUUUUAUGAACUUGGAAAGCUUUGA